AUGUCCUCUACCCAUGUUCGUUUUCAGUCUGAAAAUGCGUUCGACGCUCUACAGCAGGCUGCUGGUAUAUCAAUGAAUCAAAAACCACAGUCGCAUUUGCAUUAUACUUGCCAAUUGGAUAUUGAUCAGGUCGCUAAUAAUACAAGGCAAACCGCUAUUGUGUGUACCCUUGGAAAAUCAUGGAAAACGAAAGAAGGAAUUCUUAAAAUGCUUCAAGCUGGGAUGAAUAUUCUAUCCAUUAAUCUUAGCAUGACUCCUAGAGAAAUAUGCAAGGAGGUCAUUCAAUUUGUCCGAGAAAUUGAGAAGGAAUCAAACUACACGCGGAUUAUUGGAAUCGCUAUGGAUAUGACAGCUGCUCCUGUGAGAACUGGAAUAUUCGAAGGGGGUCCUUCCUAUGAAGCCAAUCUCAAGGAAGGAAGCCGUGUGACUCUUACUCUUGACGAUAGUUAUAAAUUUAAAUGUACUCCGGAAAUGAUUUUUAUCAACACAAAGUAUUUCCCUCAAUUGAUUCUCAGUCUUCAUAAGGGAGAUCGUAUUUACCUUGAUGAUGGCCAAGUUACACUUAUUGUAAAGGAUGUCGGCCUGGAUUGUCUGAAUUGCAUGGUUGAAGAGGGAGGAAUAAUCGGUGGUUACAAACGAGUCACUCUUCCGAGAGAUCGUCUUUAUCAAGAAUCCGUUCAACAAAAAUACCAACAGGACUUGCAGUUUGCUGCUUCAUGUGAAGUUGAUUUUGUUUUUACAAGCUUUGCUGAGAACAGUAAAAUGAUCCAGCUUGCUCGUGAUCAGCUACCUAGUAGUACCAAGGUUUUCGCCAAGUUGGAAACUCGGGAAUCCAUCAAAAACCUGCAUGAUUUAAUUAAAGCUUCUGACGGUUUGGUUGUUCGUCGUAGUGACUUGGCUAUGCAGUAUACACCAGAGAAGAUCUUUAAACUUCAAAAAUACAUCGUCGCUCACUGCAAUAUUGCCGAGAAACCUGUUUUCAUUAUUGAACAACUAUUGGAAUCGAUGGUUUCUAAACCACGUCCAACUCGAGCCGAAUCCUCUGACAUUGCUAAUGCCGUUUUAGACGGUGCUGAUGGUUUGAUUCUUACUAUGGAAACUUCGUGGGGAAUGUACGCUCUGGAAUCCGUUCGUGUUGUUGAUCAAAUUAGUCGCGAAGCUGAGCGUGCUGUGUUUCAUUAUGAAACCCGAGGACAAUUGAAGCAGGCCCGAAUGAAAUUGGAACAAGGUGCUUUAGACAUUCGUCACGUCACAGGCAGCUCAGCUGUUGAGGCUGCUGCCAGCUGUAAUGCUUCAGCAAUUUUCGUUAUUACCAAUUCUGGAGCAUCCGCUAUGUCUAUUGCAAUGCUGCGUCCUCCUUGUUCUGUAAUUGCCAUCACAACCAAUGUGUGUGUAGCUCGUCAUUGUCUUGUGUAUCGUGGUCUUCAUUCAUACCUCUAUGCAGAGGAGAGUACUGGUGAUUGGGCGAUAGAUAUUGAUAAUCAAAUCAAUGCUGCUAUUGAAUACGCCCGCAAUGUUGGCCUAGUGAUUGGUGGAGAUCGUAUCGUUGUUGUGACUGGAUCACUCGCUUCUACGGGUAGCACAAACACCAUGCAGAUUUUCACAUUAGACGAUGAGCACUCUAAACUGCGUGUUGUGGGUUCGUCCAAGGAUACUAAUGAGAGCUUUAAUGCGAGAUUGGCUAAUCUCUCAAUGGGUGCAAGGAGCACUGAUGAUAAUGAGAAUGACGAAAUUGAUGAAGUUGAAGAAAUGCAGUUGAUACGAGAUGCACGAAACCGUCGUCCACGCUUCUCUGUCAUGUUGAGCAGCAGGAAAACUAGCUCUGGAGCUGGUGUUGGUGAUAUUCGUGUACCUUUGUGA